UUAUGUGGAAAUUCUUAAGAGAGCUCAUCAAAACAUGGAAGACAUCUUUGAAGAGGACUACAAUAGGAUAUCUGGUGAAGUGUCAUCACUCCUGACAAAAUUCUUUGAUGAUGCCAGAGACUUCUUAUUCAGUGAGCAAGGAGCAAGUGACAUUCCGACAUUCGUUGAUCAUUUCUUUGAUAAUCUUUUCCCUUUGAUAUACAUUGAGGAGUUAAAUCGUGGGAGAAUUAAAUCAGGAAUAAGUACAUCAUAUGCACGCUGUUUGGCAACAAACCGGAAAACAAUACGGCCAUUUGGAAGCGUGCCAAAGUGGACAAAAGAAUCUCUUGAGAAUUCUCUUCUCCCAGCUCAAAUUCUUCUUCAAUCUAUUGAGCUUGGUAUUAAAGUUAUCAACACGACAAACAAUAUUAAACUGACUGAAAGUUGUCACAAUGCAUUGACACGCAUGUCUUUUUGUCAAUAUUGUAGCGGAUACGUGGAUUUAAAACCAUGCAACGCGCUGUGUCUUAACGUUAUGACAGGAUGUUUUGCGGGCCUAUAUGAAGUUGAUUAUCAUUGGGGUCGUUUUCUGUCCGCUAUUCUUCGUCUCACAUCAAGUAUGUCCUCAGAUCAUGACUUGGAACGUGUUAUACGGAAUUUACCGAAGAGAACCAUCAACGCACUGAACUAUUUGCGGAACAAUAAAGAAAAAAUUUUAGACGAGGCCAACAAAAUUUGUGGAAAUCCAAAGGAUGUUCAGCAAAGCUUUCUAACAAAAAAUUUACAGAGUCUGUCAGGAGUUCGUAUCAAUGAAGAUUACAAUGGUGAAUCCAUGUAUGUGCGUAUUAAUGUGUUCGCUUAUAGUUUACGGAACUCGGAAUCAUUUCUAAGAUCUCUACCAAAUCAAAUUUGCUUCUUGAAUAAGGAGGCAUCGGACUUCGACUCAAGAUGCUGGACUGGCAAACGUUAUGGAAAUUAUCAGAAAUUUGUCUCGUCCAGUAUUCAAACCCAACAAGGAAGGAAUACAGAGGUGAAGUUUACAGGGCGUGAACCGGAAAUGAAGCAAACUCAAGACCUGAGCCAGCUACUCCAAAAUAUGCGAAAGGUGAUCUUGGUAUCAUUAGCAGAAACCUACGACAAUGAGAUAAGUGGUAGCGGGAGUGGAUGUGAUGGCGACGAGGAAUGCGAAAGGGGCAGUGGUAGUGGCGAGUUUACAACAUCAGCGACACCGACUGGUGAUACUGGUGGUAACUAUGUCAAAGUAACAAUCAAAGACACCAAGAAUGCUAUAGUAUCGACAAACGUGCCACCAAAAGAUUUCACAACUGAUUCUGAUUUCUCUUUCGAAAAUACUAACUCACAAGAUAUCACGGAAGAGGUUUCCAAGACAACAGUUGAGCACCUGACCACAAAACGUGCCAAAUCCACCACGAGGCAGACAACUCCAACAGUGAACAGGUCAACAAUUGACGUAACAACAAAACUAGUUACAAAGGAAAACAAACCAGACACCACACAGCAACCAAGUACAAACAAGUUUAUACCAACGAAACCUGCGAUUACAGGAAGACCAGAAGUGGAUACAAUAAGAGGAAGUGGUCACCGAUUACCAGUUGUCUGGGCAUUGAUAAUGGCUGCUUCUUGUUUGACCCUUCUCUUAUAGUAAAAAUGAUCCUUUUUUUUUGAGUGUAAUAAAUAAAAAGCAGACCCAAGGCCUUUGGUCAAAUUAUGCUAGCUCAUUAAAGCUUUUAGAUCUGGUUACUUCUGCCGUGGUCUCGCCAGGCCAUACCAGGUCUAGACCUGCUAUUGCUAGCCCCUCAAGCAUCAAAAUCUGGUAAUACUCUAGCCAUAACUACCACCUAGAUUUGGUAAUGCUAAAGUGUGGGUUGGUUUAUGAUAGCCCUAAACAGUAUGGGUUCCAGCACUAACCUAGUGUAGAUCUAGUAUUGUUAGCACUGCCUCUGUUCAUUUAAAUUGGUUAUACUAUCCUUUCAGGCAUCUUGCAUAUAUACUCUGUACCUUACUCUAUGUCCUAACUACUUUAAAUGAUUCAAACUGAAAGCAACUUUUUAAUCAGGUUAAUAAUCUAUAACCUUUAGUAAACUUAUAUAAGGAAGUAUUUUAAUGGUAUUAUUUUAUGAAAGGAGUGGCCACGAAACAUAUUUUUUUCUUUGUAAAAAGAAAACAAAUAAGACCUACUUAUAACCAUUAUAUUUUGAUUGUUUAAUUACAUCUAAAAUCGAGAUUUCCUUAACAAAUAACUUAUUCUCAUAUAUUUCACAAUGAGAAAAAAAUUAACUUUGAAUACUUAUUAUUACUUUUUUUUAAUUAUUACUUUUAGGAAUAAAAAAUUACAAACUUAUAAUUGAAAUAUCUAGUUUAGGGUGUUUCCAUGUGGCAUGCCUUUCAUAGUUAAUGGGUUUGUAAAAUAGAUGUUUAUAAGUGUUUUCAUAUUAUAUAUUCAUGUUUGUGAAAAUAUAAUAUUCCUUUUUUUUUUUUUAUCAUUUUGCCAUCAACCUGUUAACACGAGAGUGAGCUAUGGAUGCCAUCUUCACUGGGGAUGGGGAUGGGGACGACACAAGGGUAGAUAUGAUUCUUGACUUGAGACAGUGUACUUGGACAAAAGAACAUGUUGUCAAGACAACAUUUUAAGAGACAACCACAAAGUACUGGUAUGACUCUUAUCUAAGAAAAUAAUACUAGUUGAUUGUUUGAUUUUAUUAGGAACUCAUCACAAUAAAACAACACCAAAACCACUAAAACGUAUUUCAGUGUGGUUCUCCUGGUAUAGAUUGGUUUCCGCAGUGGAAAAAAUUUUUGUAUGUAAAUAUGUAUCAGAUCUCUGGUGGAAGGUAAGAGUGUUUUAAAUGCUCCAUGUGGAAGAAAGUUCAGUGUUCCAUGUGAAAAAAAAAAACACAAUGGUGGGGAUGCUUAUGUAUAAAAAUGUUCCAUGUGGAAUAUUGAAGUAUUCCGUAUGGAAGAAGUGAUGUAUUCUAUGUGAAAACAGUAACAUGUAUGCAUUUGUGUAUGAAAGUAUUCCAUGUGGAAACUUUACGGAAGUAUUGUGUGAAAGUUGUAAAAGAUAAAGAGCAAGAGGGUUACCAGGCAAUUGCUAUGAUUUGUGAAGUUUCACUGUUGUAAAUAUUUAUAGCAGUAUUCUAUGUUUGUUAUUUAAACCGUGUUUUAUUUUAUAUAGAUUUGUCAUUAAUGCUAAAGUGUAAAACACUGUUUAGUUUGUUAAUACCAAUUAUUAUAUUAUUAUACAAUAUAUACUACAUGCUAAACUGUAAUUUUUUUCAUAUAAAGGGUUUUAACACGGCCUGAUCAUUUGGGUUAAACGUUGAUUAUUAGUUUAAAUGCGGAAAGUUUCAUUAAUGAAGGGAUAUUAAGAAUACGGAGAGAUCAAAUGAAUGAGUUUGUUUAAGCCGGUCACUCCCUGCAUCGUACGACGGUCGUACAACCGUCGACUGAUGAAUCCAACUCCGCCCUCUAUGAGUGCUAAAAAAUGCAACGUCGUCUGCUGAUUCCUGGUGGCAGUCUGACUGGACAUUCAUUAAAAACAAUCUGUUACGCGCGUAUCAUGGCGUUCUUCAUAGAAUCAUGUUGGCUGACGACCGUCCGAUGCAGUGAGUGCUGAGCUUUAAAGCUACAGAUAAAUGUUUUUAAUACAUUCUUAAAAAAAAAAA